ACCCUGCGUCAUCAUAUUAGGUUGAGGAGAGGACCUUUAGCGGUCGCGCAGAUUCAAUUCCUAAGGCUGAAAAACGACAGUAAGGAAAGAAAUUAAAAUAAAGUUGAAGGACAAAAAAAGUUUUCAAAAAGACAGUAGCAAGAUUUCCGGUCAUCAAAACGACACUGCUGUGCUUAGGAUGGCUGACUUCGAUCUGACUGAUGCGCUACAUGAAAGUUCUCCCAGUCUUGAACCAGAAGUUAAGAGGGAUUUCAUUGCUUCUCUGGAGGCAGAGAAAUAUGAUGACGUUGUUGGAGAAAGUGUGACGAAAGAAAGUUAUGUUCCACUGCUGGAUGAUGAUGAGACAAAAUCGCUUCCUUCAGAGGCUAAAGAGAAUGCUAUGGUGUGCUUACAUGGAGAGGCAGCACCUGAACAAAGUGAUGGGGGAAAAUUGACAGAAUGCCCUGGAACAAAAGAGGAACCAGCAGAGUUGCCAAAUGGAGAGCGUGGUGUCAGAAAAACCGAUGGCACAGCCAUUUUGUGCCCUUGCAAAUGUCAUGAGAUGUGUAUGUGGUCCGAAUAUCUUGCCCAGACUCAAGACCUGGUAUUUGUUUUUGAUUCAUUGAUGGCUUUAAUAAAUUGUGAAUACUGA